AUGAGGAAAUUUGGAUUCUCUGAAAAAUGUGUUAAUUGGCUUCAUGCUUUACUGCAAUCUGCAAGAACAUCAGUACUUCUUAAUGGAGGGCCUGUGGGAUAUUUCCAAGUUGGAAGGGGUCUCAGACAAGGUGACCCCUUGUCUCCUCUUCUUUUUGUUAUAGCUGAAGAUCUUCUGAGCAGAGCAAUAUCAAGAAUGGUCCAAUCAGAUGACAUUUUCUUGUUCUGCAAUGGAGAUAAAAGAAAUGUUAAAAAGCUAGCAACUUUACUCAGGGAAUAUCAAGAAGCCUCAGGUCAAAUUUUUAAUUUGGAAAAAAGCAAAUGCUUCAUAGGUGGAACAAGUACAUUAAGAAAACAACAAAUUUUUUCUGAAUGCAGAAUGCCACUUGCUAAUUUCCCAGACAAGUACUUAGGUGUUUAUCUAACUCCAGGUAGAAUCAAAACUCAACAUAUUUGGAAUUGUGUAGAACAAAUCCAAGCAAGCUUAGCUGGAUGGAUGGGUAAGCUCUUAUCUUUCCAAGAAAUACUGAUUUUAAUCAAGCAUGUUCUCAGUAGCAUUCCCAUAUAUAGUAUGUCAGUUUAUAAAUGGCCUCAAAGAGCUCUAAAGGACUGUGAGCAAAUAAUAAGAAAUUUUCUUUGGACUGGAGAUCCUUCAAAAAAAAGAGUGUUGUGCUUAAAUGGGACAAAGUUUGUUCUCCAUUUGAAGAAGGAGAUCUCUGAAGAUGUGCAAAAAUUCACAAGAUGGAUGGUUGGCACUGGAUCAAAAAUAUCAGUUUGGAAUGACACUUGGAUAAAGGAUAAACCUUUGUGUGAAUUAUAUCCUGAUAAUGCAUAUCUUAAUGAAUUCCCUUACAUGAAAGUUGAAAACCUAAUAGUUGAUAAUGAAUGGGUUAUGCCUUCUGAACUUCUUGAUAUGGUUUCAAUUAAUGAGCUACCUGUACUUAGUUUGGAGGAAGAUAAAAGAAUCUGGAGUGGCACAAUUACUGGGGAUUUCUCUGUUUCUUCUGCAGUUGAGUGUAUCAGAACAAAGUAUUCAAAAGUGAGCUGGGUACAUCAGGUAUGGAAUUACUCAAUUCAUCCAAAUAUUUCAAGCAAUAUCUGGAAACUUAUAAGAAAUAUUUGCCCAAGUGAUGAAAAAAUGAAAACUAGGAAAUUUCAACUUGCUUCUAGAUGUUGUUUUUGUAAGAAAGAUGAGGAAACUCUAGAACACAUUAUAUGGAAAUGCAACUAUAGUGAGCUAAUUUGGAAGUGGUUAGGAGGGAUGUUUAAUUUCAAGAACCCUAAGUCCUUUGAUGAAGUCUUUAAUUCUGCAAAACAUAAAAGUCCUGCAGUUGGUGAAAUAUGGAGAUAUGUUGCUUUCAUUACUCUCAAGGAACAGUGGUUUCAAAGAAAUAGAAGUGUUUAUGAGGAUGAAGUCUUCAAUGAACAAAAUAUUAAAUCAAGAAUCUUGAAACUUACUGCUGAAGGAGAAAUUAGAAUGAAACAACUCAUGUGGAAUACUGCGUAUGAUCUGCAAAUGCUAAAACGGUUUGGUUAUGGGAUUAUGGCUAGAAAUGAUAAAGGAGAAGUGGUGGUAGCUAUAGAAGGAGGUCUGGGGAUUGCUACUAAUUUCUUUGCAGAAAUUAUGGCAAUUAUUUGUGCAGGAGAAUGGGAUAUUCAUAAUGGUUUCAGAAUCCUCCUUUUCAGUACAGACUCAAAAGCAGUAAUUGUUGCUUUUGAAAAUUUGAGAGUUUCUUGGUUUGCAAUUGCUAGAUGGAAGCAAAUCUGCAACAUUGCUACCAAAUGUGAGUUUCUUCAUAAUUACAGAGAAGUGAACUUCUCUGCAAAUGAUCUAGCUAACAGAGGAGCAACUAUGCAGAGAGGAGAUCAACACAUAUACACAAGCAAACCUCCCUUCCUUGUAAAUCUUGAAAAUGAAAAGCAGAAGUACUUUAGGACAGUUUAG